AUGGGAAGAGACACCGGCAGGGAGACACCAGGGAGCACCAGGGAGACACCAGGGACAUCAGGGAGUCACCAGGGAGACCACCAGGGAGACACCAGGGAGACAUCAGGGGAGACACCACGGGGAGACACCGGGGAGACACCAGGGAGACACCAGGAGACCAACCAGGGAGACACCAGGAAAUACACAUGCAGGAAGGGAGACACCGGGGAGACACCAGGGAGUCACCAGGGAGGACACCAGGGAGACAUCAGGGAUCCACCAGGGAGACACCAGGGAGACACCAGGGAGACACCAGGGAGACACCACAGGCAGGAAGGGAGCACCGGGGAGACACCAGGGAGUCACCAGGGAGACACCGGGGAGACACCGAGGGAGACACCAGGGAACCCAGGGAGACACCAGGGAAAACAACAGGCAGGGAGGAAGACACAGGGAGUCACCAGGGAGACACCGGGAGACACCAGGGAGACACCAGGGAGACCCCAGGAGACCCCAGGGAAAUACCACAGGAGACAACCAGGGAAAUACACAGGCAGGAAGGGAGAACCAGGAGACACCAGGGAGACCCAGGGAGACACCGGGGAGUCACCAGGGAGACCCCAGGGAGACACCAGGGAGACACCGGGGAAAUACCAGGCAGGGAGGGAGACACCAGGGAGACACCCGGGAGACACCGGGGAGACACAGUGA